GGUGUGUGCUUUGGCGUAGGCUGACGUAGAUCUAUUCUUGACGUUACGGUAGAGGAACGUCGACACGCACCUCCAGCUUGGAACGAUACCAGCCGGCUGAGGAGGCAUUUCAGCACCAAGGACAGGCCGACCAGACUGGCUCCUCCAACCGCACCGGCGGACGCAAACUCUGUGUCCGGCAGAUCACGAGAUCCCCGGUCCUGCGGUGCAUGACUGCGUCUUUCAGAGGCGGUCCCGAAUAGCAGGUCUCUUCGUAUUUACCUCCUUACCAGACCAACUUGGACUAUGUCCCUUUGAGAGAGAGAGAGAGAGAGAGAGCUGAUCUGAAUUGCGCUUAAAGAAGAUUCCAAUAUGUCAAGCACUCAGAGAGACAAUGGCUCUGCAAACUCCACAGAAGCCAAGAAAACAGACCUCAGAGUCAACGAGAAAAAAUGCUCAUGGGCUUCUUACAUGACAAACUCUCCAACGGUAAUAGUGAUGAUCGGAUUGCCCGCUAGAGGAAAGACCUACAUCUCCAAGAAACUCACACGUUACCUCAAUUGGAUAGGAGUCCCAACCAAAGUGUUUAACUUGGGCGUGUACCGCAGAGAGGCUGUCAGAGCUUAUAAGUCCUAUGAUUUCUUCCGCCACGACAAUGAAGAAGCCAUGAAAAUAAGGAAGCAGUGUGCUCUGGUAGCGCUGCAAGAUGUGAAGGCGUACUUGACAGAGGAGGGAGGUCAGAUCGCAGUUUUUGAUGCAACAAACACAACAAGAGAACGACGAGACCUUAUUCAAGAUUUUGUGAAGGAGAAUGCUUUUAAGGUGUUCUUUGUGGAGUCGGUGUGUGAUGACCCCGAAGUCAUUGCUGCUAAUAUCCUGGAAGUGAAGGUUUCGAGUCCAGACUACCCUGAGAGACACAGAGAGAGAGUUAUGGAUGACUUCCUGAAGCGAAUUGAGUGCUACAAGGUCACUUACCAACCUUUAGAUCCUGAUGACUAUGACAAGGACCUUUCAUUUAUCAAGGUUAUAAAUGUGGGCCAACGUUUUCUGGUGAACCGGGUUCAGGACUACAUCCAGAGCAAGAUCGUCUACUACCUCAUGAACAUCCAUGUGCACUCUCACUCCAUUUACCUGUGUCGGCACGGAGAGAGCAAACACAACGUUGAAGGACGCAUCGGAGGAGAUUCUGAACUUUCCCCUCGUGGGAAACAGUUCGCCCACGCUCUGCGUGAUUUCAUUGAUGAACACAAGCUGUCAGAUUUGAAGGUGUGGACGAGCCAACUGAGAAGGACGAUCCAGACAGCGGAAGAGCUUGGCGUGCCUUAUGAACAGUGGAAAAUCCUCAAUGAGAUUGAUGCUGGUGUUUGUGAGGAGAUGACCUACGAGAUGAUCCAGGAGACAUUCCCAGAGGAGUUUGCAUUGAGGGAUCAGGACAAAUAUCAUUAUCGCUACCCAGGAGGAGAGUCCUACCAAGAUCUGGUUCAGCGCUUGGAGCCGGUUAUUAUGGAAUUAGAGAGACAAGGCAAUGUGCUGGUCAUCUGUCAUCAGGCUGUGAUGCGCUGUCUCCUGGCUUACUUCCUGGACAAGGGUGCAGAGGAUCUUCCAUACAUGAAAUGUCCACUCCACACAAUUCUCAAGCUCACCCCUGUUGCAUACGGUUGUAAAGUGGAAAUGUUUUAUCUGAAUGUGGAGGCAGUAAACACGCACCGAGACCGGCCUCUUGUAAGUUGCUCUGAGAUGAGCGGAAAAGAAAAUCACAUAGCUGCGCAAGGUAAAAUUCCGAAGGACUCUACUCUCAUACAUCGCCGGAAUAGUUACACUCCUUUGUCAAGUCAUGACCAGGUCAAGCGGCCCAGGCUCUACAGCGCAGGCAACCAGCCCUGGCUACCGCUUGCCCCCACCCCAUCUGCUCUGAUGCCAGAGGAACGGCAAAGCCAAACUCGGAUAGGAGGCAGCUGUCUGAGUCCCUGUGCGAAGGAAGCGACUUUGACAGCUCAGAAGAAACUAGUGGCUGUGUCCGCUUCUAAGUGAAGAUCCCAUCUUCUUUCCUCUUUUGCUCUUGCCACAGUGUGGACAACUUCUGAAUCCAGUCAUGAGUCAAUCGAGUGUUUCUUUUGAAAAGCGGGCCGCUUCUGCAUGAGGUAACAUAGUUCUAGUUAUCUCAAGGCCUCCGUCUCGUCUCUGCAUGCCAAGGCUUUGAACAGGAAGCCUUAUCAUUAGUGUCAUAAAUACUUCUGCAUGUGCACAUAAAGAAACCAGUAAACGCACACAACAUACUAUAUCACAGAAAUGACAAAAAACUCAAUAUAAAUGCUGCAAUGCCUUACUGAACUUUAGAUAUACUGAUAGAAUUAGAUCCUCCAUAUGUCACUGAAUGUAAUAGGAACAAGUUAUCCGUUGCAAUGAUGGAAAUCAAUUUACACAGUUACAUUUAGAAAAAAUAGAUUCUGUUAUAUUUUCUAUGCAUAUCCAACACGAAUAUGCUAUAAAUAAACAAUCUAUAGUUGGAAAUCUUGUCAAAUGUGUUCCUAAGCCAUAAUUUAUGUCUUAAUUUGACAGAAUGUGCUAGUUAGGGUCUCUAGAAAAUAAAAGUACUUCUACUCUGUUCUGAAAGCAGUGAAAAUACACUAAAUUGCUGGAUUUACCAGCACUAUAUACCAGCAGUAGGUACCUUAUCUGUUAAGCAGGUGUUAUCAAUCACAUUUAACACUACAACGUAAAUGUUUCUUUAUUUUUUUUUCAUCAUGCCGAUGUAUUCUGUUGAAGGAUUUUAUGUAGUAAAACUAAACAGCCAAACUAUAAGCUGACUCCCUAUUUGUGUUCGUGUCAUUAUACCGGCUGUGAAUGUGUUUUAUUUGUUUUAUGCAAAGGUAUUUUGUUCCACCAACAAAAAUGUUUAGAUUUUAUAUAAUAGAUCACAGUUUUAGUUUAUGAUUCUGUAAUGUUUGUUGUUAAAUUGUUGUCCUGCUCAAAGCCGCCUACUGUGCCUUUUAAGCAGACAUUAAAAGUACAUUUUGAAA